GAGCUGACAGUAAAAUUGUAGCAAACCGAGCAGUAUUUCUACCGAGGAUGAGAGGGAGCAAGCCGACGUCUUUUGGGUCAAACAAGUCCGCUGCUUCCUGUGGAGGAGACGAUUGCUUCUCCCAUUCUGUCGUCAUCCCUCAUCGCCCAAUUCCUCUGAGCGGCGGUGGGAGCCUAGCGGAAGCAAGAAGAAGGCGUCUUUAGUUCCCUCGAUCAAUAUUCGGGCCGCUGUUUUGGGGAUCUGAAGGCGUGGAGAUGGCAGCGCUGAAUUUCCAUCUUCCUAAACUUGGUAACUAGGUUGACAAAGUUCCCCUUGAACAACAUUUUAAGGUUGUACACAAAAGUAGAAGCUAAGGGAAAGCAAUUGUACUGAGCAGUCCUUUUGAAUACCCUGAAGCUUUGCGCACUAACAUGGAGCCCUCUAAUUCCAAGGAUGAAUCCCAUCAAAUCUCCGGGUCACCAUUACGUCAAGGUCCUGUUCCUCAUAGAGUCACCACAGAGUCUCCUGUUCAAGGGCAAGGGUAUCAGUUGACCUCUAGCGAGCAAAAGAGGGGCGGAAGAACAGGGAUUGGAUCAGAGGAUAAAGUUGAACGCUCUCCACUUCAUCCUCAUCAAGUGAAAGCAUCAAGUAGAACUGAUGCAUCAUCUCCCUUCAGGGGUUCUUCAGAAGGUACAUCGAGAAUGAGGACAGGCGGUCGAGGUGAUGAAACAGUAAAGUCCUCUCUUCCGACAGCCUAUUCUUUAGUAACAAAGAGUAAGUUGUACUUAUUAACAUAUUAUUAUUUUGAACAGCCAGACAAAGGGUCAUCUGUACCGAAAUUUGGUGAGUGGGAUGAGAGCAAUCCUGCUUCAGCUGAUAGUUUCACAGGAAUAUUUGAGAAAGUGAGGGAGGAGAAAAAGCAUGGUUCAGCAAAAUCUCCCAUGAUAUCUAAUGAUAUUAUCUAUGUGAAUGAUCGUGAUAGUGGUGGGUCUACGAGUUGUUGCUUUUGGUGGUGCAAGAAGUAAACAGAUCUUGAAAAUGAAUCAUUACUGCCAGACCGCAGACGGUGAACAUCCCCACUCUACACCAAAUAGUCGGGGUUCAUGGCUUAUUGUUGUAUAUCGUGAAUGUGUUUGGAAGUUGCUAUUGUAUGACAUACUGUGCAUGAGUACCAGGAUAUAUCCAACAUCUCUUUUUAAUUAUUUGUGCCCUCUCUGAUGAAGACAUUGUAUUAUAACCUAUUUGAGAUUCUUUCAGAAGUGUGGUGAGUGUGGUGAAGAGGGCCUUAAUUCUGUGUAUUGGAUAUAUGCUUUUGUUCUUUCCUUGAUCGGAACAUGAUCGUCUAAUACCAUUUAUGCUCUUUCCUCGUGUGGUGAAA